CGCGUGCCCGAGCUGUGAGUCCACCUGCAAAGCUGCUGCCUGUCUCCAUAGCGACGACACUCCGGAAAUACAACAUAAACCCGCCAGCGGUGAUUAGCUUACUAGCUUGUUUAUCUGCCGCGUUGUUUAUCAAAGAAAAACAAACUCAUACGUUUGUUUGUUUGUUUGUUCGUCGGUUGAGUCGGUAAACAUGUCGGAGCCCGAGGAGGAGGUCCAAGGAGAGCAGAGAGACAGCAUUAAGAAGAAGAAGAAGAAGAAGAAAGAGAAACGAAGCGCAAAGAAGAAGAAGGAGAAGCGGGAGGAAGAGGAGCAUCAGGUGGAGGAGGAGAAGGAGGAGGAAGAGGAGCAGAGUGAGUGUGUGGUGCUGCAUGGGAUCUUCAAACUAGGGAAGAAGAGCCACGAUGUCCUGCUCACCCGAACCAGACUGACGUGGACGCCCAUCACCCCGGAGACCCCCACAGGUGAGGCAUGCGUGCCGGAGCCAGGUGUGAUGCUGCUGCAGGACGUGUUUGCCGUGAAGGUGAAGCGGCGGCGAGCAGCGGGCCAGCAGUCGGGGGGACCUGUGCUCGGCGUGGCUCUGUUCUGCUGCAAGAGGAAGGGGAGGAGGCUGGAGGAGGAGACGCUGCACCUCCACAACGCUUCCGCAGAGCACACACACACCUGGUACAACACCCUGAAGGAGCUGCUCACAGAGUCCAGCAGGCGUCCCAGGUAUCUCAAGGUGUUCAUCAAUCCCAGCAGCCACAAGAAGGAGGCCGUUCACAUCUACAGAGAACACGUGGCUCCGCUCUUCAAGAUGGCUGACGUCCGCACUGACAUCACCGUGACGGAGAGGAAGGGUCAUGCUCUCUCAGUGAUGAAGGAAUGCGAGCUGGAUGAAUAUGAUGGGGUGGUGUGUGUAGGUGGGGAUGGAUCCGUGGCAGAGCUGUGUCACGCUCUGGUCCUCAGGGCUCAGCUGGAUGCUGAUUCUCCAGAGAAACCAGUAAAACCAGUGCUGCCGCUAGGAAUAAUUCCUGCUGGUUCCACAGAUGUUGUUUCCUGUUCUGUUCAUGGAGUCAGAGAUCCAGUCACUGCAGCCCUGCACAUCAUCCUGGGUCACCUGCAGCAGGUCGACAUGUGCAGCUUCUCGUCUCUCGGUCAGUUGGUGCGUUUCGGUUUCUCCGCCAUGUUUGGCUUUGGUGGGCGGAGCUUAGCACGGGCGGAGAAGAAGAGGUGGAUGCCUUCAUCACGGCGACGAGAAUACGCUCUGGUGAAGACGCUGGCUAGGCUGAGACCCGAGGACUGUCAGCUGUCUUUUCUACCAGCGAAGAAAUCAAACAGAGAUCAGCAUCAGGACCAGGACCCAGAUUCAGAAGGGGAGGAGUCCUGGACGACCAAUCAGGGCCUGUAUCUGAGCAUCAGUGUCACGUCCAUCCCCUGUCUGAGUCCACACACACCUCACGGACUGGCUCCCAACACCAGUUUGGCAAACGGCAGCGCAGCAUUGAUCGCAGUAGGAAACACUUCCAGGUCAGAGUUCAUCAAACACCUGAAGAGAUACAGCAGCUCUAGUGGACAGUUCAGCUUCACAUUCGUGGAGACGCAUGCCGUGUCAGCGGUGAGGAUACGCCCGCGCUCUGUGAUUGGCUGGUCGGAGGAGGACAGUGAGGAAGAGGGCGAGUCCAAAACCACGCCCAUCAUCCAAUCAGAGGGACCCGCCUUCCCCUGGAACAUCGAUGGAGAGCUGGUAGAGAUCGCUAACGAAGUGCUCAUCAGGGUCCACCCGCAGCUCAUCACACUAUACGGGGAGGACGUGGACGAGGCCGAGUCUACCGUCUCCUGCAGCUGCAUCUGAGUCCAGUAGAGGGCGCUGCUGUGUUUGUGUUGGGACAAGGACGCUUCGCCAUGGUGACCACAGUGACUCAACAGUGCCCUCUCUGUCAUUACUGUUUCCAUGACGAUGUAAACUGACAUAGACGUUUCAUUGAAAGCAGCAAAAACACUUGCCAGUAGCAUCAGAGCUUUGCAGCUUCCUGUUUACGUUAAAGCUGCAUUAAUUGAUUUUUGUUUUUUAUUUUUAUUGAUUACUGCAGCUUUAAUAGCCUGUAAGCUAAAGCAGGAUUCAUAGUUGUGGGUCAGCGCUAUGCAGACCCUAUGCUGUAGCCCACACACGUGGCCUACACCAUUGUGAGCAUUAAUACUUGUGCUUUGGUGUGUCACUCUACAGUUACACUGGCAAACCACUAGUCCGUGGUGGGGUUUCUGUGAAGUGCUGUAAAGUUUAGUUGAUUCAAAACACACAUUAAACACACAUUAAACAUGGCUUAAUAGAGACAAUUUCAAACACAAGUACACAAAUCAGCUUCACUAUAACUCGCAGCAUUCACAGACAAACACUGGUCUUUAUCUGGACACAUUUUCCCCACAAAUACAACAUACUAAUGUUAUUAGCACAAGCCUAUGGCAUUUUACAUUGUAUAGAUUAGCCUAGUGGCUAGCGGACUCUUUCUCAACUUAAUAUGAAGCCAGGGACAACAGCAACAUUUGACAAAGGUUUUGUUACAAAAUUUGGCUCCAUUACAACUCACAAGGUUCACUGACAAAACUACUUUCUUAUACUAAACAUAUUUUCCAAACAGUUAUAACAUGCUAACGUUAUUAGCACAAGCCUAUGGCAUUUUAUAUUGUAUAAAUUAGCCUAGUGAUGAGCAGAGAUUUCCUCUACUCCUAUGAAACUAGGGACAACAGCAACAUUUAACAAAGGUAACGUUACAAAAUUCAGCUUCAUUGCAACUCACAAGGUUCACUGACAAAACAACUGUCUUAUACUAAACACGUUUUCCAAACAAAUAUAACAUGCUAACGUUAUUAGCACAAGCCUAUGGGUAUUUUACAUUGUAUCGAUUAGCCUAGCGACGUGCAGAGAUUUCCUCUGCUCAUAUGAAGCCUGGAUAAAUCACACACAAGACUUAAAAUGCUAUUUUUGUGGAGGCUUUAUUGUCUGUGAAAUAAAAGUUAGACAGAAAUAUAGAGAGGAGGUCUGCGUCGCUGUGACGUGUAGUUACAUUUCUGUAGGGGUGCACGUCAGGCUACAACAUAGGGUGCACUGUAGGCUCUACAUCAACACAGAGCCUACGCUGUAGGACCAGUGUCGUUUUGACGCAGAAGUAUAAAUCCUGCUUAACUUGUAAGCUACCUUUAACUCCAGACUGCCUGUGCUUUAUGAUGUAAAAGUUUAGCACUUAAUAGACCUGAUUGAUGAGGAUACAUACUGCUUUUUUUUAAACCAAAUUAUUGUUUACAAUUUAACAUAUUUUAAUGACUAGCUCUUCUAAGAGGACUUUAAUAUAAUUUGUGUUGCCUAUUUUUUUAUUACAAUUUUCAUUGUGUUUUUUCUUGUCCAGUUUUUGGUUCUGCUGCAGAGAGCAAAGAUUCAUCUGUAAUUCAAACUGUAAUCAGCUAAAAUAGUGAACUGAAUCUAAUACUGUGAGGAGAAGAGUACAUUUUUGAGUGUAUCGUUGUUGUUGUUGUUGUUGUUGUUGUUGUCGUUACUAUUAGAUUAUCGUUUUAUGUUGGUGAUAGUUGAGUAUCUUUCUGUACAGAUGAGCAGAACCAC